AUUUAGCAUCAUCCGUGGUAACGACAGCUGGCAGGCAAAGAACAGUGUUUCCUCCGGUAUGCCUUGAAGCGGGAAUUUUUCCGCGCAAAUCCAUCUCAAAUUCAAAUUCCCUCUCUUCCCUUUUACUUUUGGUGAUUGAACAUUAAGAAGCAACAAAAGCAAAGAAAACAAAACUUCAGGGAUCUUCAUCAUCACGAAGAUCAUCUUUUAUGAGGGAGAUUUGCUACUUGCAACUGAAGAAGAGGCUAUUUUAGGACGAGAUAUCUCCACCAUUUCAAAUUCAUUCCCUUUCUCCUCUUUACUCUCAAGUCUCACCAGAUUUCAACUCCCCAAAACGUACUUUCCACUUCAAAACAAACCCUAAACCCCUUGAUACUCCAAUUCUUGCUCCGCCAUUUCACUCGGCACCUACAAGCUCAACAUCUUGCUCCGCCCUUUAUCUUCGUGUGACCUUGAUUGGUGACUCUAUUCAUGCUAUGUAGCCAAACAUGGGUCAAGGAGAAGCUGUACCUAUAUCUCAUUGUUGCAUAAAAAUCUAAUAUAGGAUCUGUACUCUGAGACUCCUACGAAGAAAUCUGACUUUGGAGAUCACUGGAAGCUUGGAAUCGAGGAUGGUGCGAAGCCUCAGGUGUACAAUGAAAAGCAUGAGAAGCUGUUAUCUGCUGUGGCUGGGGUGGAAGACGGUCGCGGUGGUUCAUAGUGGUGCCACAGAUUGUGUACAUCCUGAGCGGCACAAACAGGGACGCUUGGAGUGGGUUCUCAAUAUAGGCCUUUGAGAAUCUCUGGGAUUCGUUCGUCUUUCCCUUACAUCUGCGGUUAUGCUUUGGCUUGACAAUGGGAUUAUCUGCAAAGACAUCUAUGAAGAUGUGAAAAAGUGACAAUGUUUCGGAUGACUACUGUGAUAUGGAGCUUGACGAGAUGGAGCAUGCAAAAGAUGAUUUUGAUGUCAAUGAUUAUGGUGAGGAGGAUGAGAAAGAACAAGGAGAAGAGGAAGAAGAUGGAGAGGAAAGAACAAUUGUGGAAGACCAAAGUGGAUGGAAUAAUGAUGAGAUGGAACAACUUGAGAUACAAAUGUCCCAAAUCAGAGAGAGAAAGAGAUGUAUAUGACAAGUUUGGCUACACCUAUCAGAAUAGAGAACAGAAUAAUAAAUAUAUAGGGAUUCACCCUCGACUUAAAGCUAAGAUCAAAGGUGUAUUUGUGCUGCAGUUUAAUGACAAGACUAUUUUAUGUUGUAUUAUCUGGCAAGGGGUUACACUAUUGACACAAUCUUAAAGAGUGAGUCGACCUUAUGGAAGUUGAAAAUGAGGCUUCAGAAAAUCAAAGGAAGAACUCAAGAGGCACAGGUGGCAAUGAAAACCAUAACAACAAAAGCAAGUAUAAUGCAUAAAAAAAGGGGUAAAUAAAUGAAAAUUUUAUUUAUUAAGAGAUAGUAUAUAGAAUUAAUCAGGUAUAAACUCUUUUGGUUGAAUUUUAUAUAAUGAUAGAACUAUUCAAUUUUUUAUGAUAAUUUUUGCUGCAUUUUUCAAGGAAAAUCAAUUGGGUGUUCAUUAUUUGAAUGCAAAUUAAGAUUUCAAAGAUCAAUGAUUUGCUUAUACAUUUCUAGAAUAAUUUAGUAAAAAUUAAAUAUGCUCUUUUGCAGCAAAAUAUAGGCUCUUAUUUUAUUUUACUUUACUUUUUAUUCUGUAGCUUAAUCAGCACUUUAUUGCUGAGGCUACAAAUGUGAAUGCUAAAUGUGCAUAAUUCAUCAUUUUUGUUAUGCAUAACACUUCUAAAUAUGGGUGGCACUCUUGCAUGUGUUUUAGCAUUCAACUCAUUUGUACUACCUCAUAAUUGAUUUAACAAAUAUUCUCUUACUUGAUGAACCCAACUAUUUUCUUGCUUGAUGAACCAACCAAUCACGUUGGUAAUCCUACCCUCCCUUAUGAAAAGCCUUUUAUUUGUUGAGGUGCUGUUUUAUAAAAUAGUUAUUCUUAUAAAGUAGUUGAACUUGAAAUAUUGUAAUCUAAGUUUAAUUUUCUUUCGAUGAUUGAUGUGGUUAUGCUCUUAGUUGAACUAUAUUGUUAUAAAAUUAGUUUGCUACGGUGUUAUUAGAUUUCAUUUGGUUGCUAAAGCUCAUUGUUUUGUUUUAAUGAAACAUUAGAUCAGAACUUUCACAUUUAAGUAUUUAACCGGCCAAAAAAGCUAACCAAAUGAGCAGAAUAAUGAUCA